CCCCUUCAACCAACAGAGGAGAAAUCAUGGACGUCCAGGUGUACUUAGCAUCUUCGUCACCAGCCUUCAUAUGGAGAAGUCAUAAGGCUGUCCGAUCUGUGUAUUCGCCACCAUGAGAAAAUCAUUGUGUCUCUUGCUGCUCUGCGACUUCAUCCAUUUCUCACACUGUUCUCCGGCAGCCUCUGAGAUAACUCCUCCUCCGGUUCUGAAGCGAACCCUAGAUAAUGAUCCAGCUUUUCGAGGAUAUACAAGCACUCUAGGCUCAUGGUCACCACUUUAUUGUUAUGGCGAUUAUACCUAUUCUGAUUUCGGGAAUAUCGCCGACUGCUGCAGUCAAGGUGGCGGUAUAUGCCAUCCUGCGACGGAAUGUGGGACAGACUCUGAAGGAAGUACCAGAGCGAUCAAAUACCAAGGCGGAGAGACGUUGACUUGUUUCGAUACAACAUGUGGAACUCAGACAAUCUACAAGACGGAAGGUGAUCCCAACCCUCUGUCAAUUUUUGGCUGCUUUGCUGCCGGGGAGCUCUAUCUCACCACGCCGGGCUCUCCAGUUUCGACAUCUACGACCGGUUCUGCGGCAUCUACAGGUACUUUACAGUCUUCUGCGCCAUCUUCGUUGACUUCUUCUGCCCCAAGUGCAGCAGCUCCCAUCCCUUCAUCCACUAGUCACGUCGGCCUCAUCGCUGGAGGGGCCACUGUAGGGGUUAUCCUGCUCCUAGCAAUAGCCGGUCUUACAGCUUGGGUCAUUAUUCUCAAAAGAAAGAAUGCCACGACCAAAUCUUCGCCAAAUACGGAACUACAAAAAAUGCAAGGUUCAGGUGCAAGGCCAAACGAUGGGCCUCCCCAAGAUUUCAAGGCUGAGCUUCCUACGAAAGAGGGUUGGGCAGCUGAACUCUCGCCAGAAUCGGCGCCACCAAGUCGACAGGAACAAAAGCCAUGGAGCAAUUUGAACAGUAUGCCACAAAGUCCGGCUCCGACUUAUAGCCCCGUGCCGCCUUAUCAAAGUCCCGCUAGCCCUUUUAUGCCUGUUGGGCCUGCUAGUCAAGCUCCUUUCUACGGAGCUAAUAAUGGGCCUUACGGUGGACUGAUUGAGGCCCCAGGGCCAGGAACGCAGUACCAAGAGCUUCCUGCAUCGACGCAGCCACAAUACGCUGAAUUGCGCUGAAUGUGUUUGGUAGGACUACGUCAAACAGUAUAUUCCAAGACACUUUCAAAUUGCUCGUGUUCAUUCAAAACAUGCGGGCUACCACGCUGCGAGGGAGCGCCCUCGAAGUCGACCCUGCUCAAAGAGCUAGUUCGUCGACACUUGUGACGUUUGAAUCAGAAGAGAUGUUCAGAAGAACUUGCGCCACGAAAAGGACAAACCUGGGUUUGCGUGAGCUAAAAGGUGUUGAAUCAACUGGAUAGACUGCUCGUCGAAGUCAAGCCUUCGAAGUUUAUGAACCUUCAUCUUUAAGUGGUCCUUUGCAUCACGAUCUGUACCACUUCUCUGGUGCCGACAAGAGUACCCUUCAGCAACUUCACCGAUCAUAUUCGGUCACUGACUUGACGGCACUGUCUCAAUGGAAAAUGUGCUUAUCACCGACGACAUGGAAUUGUGUUCAUCAACUCCCGAGGAGGAGGCCAUGGCACAGGUCGUACUACGGCGCCCUCAAUACCCAGUGGCAAUCUCUGCUUUGUUACGGCAUUAUGUUAAUGUCUCCUGACAACAAAGCAUGGAAGACUUAACAUAACGGCGGAAACACAUAUAGAAAUGCAAGAUCCAGUACGAAUGUGGGAUUGUCGAUAAACAGAAUAGAGGAACUGAUGUCAUGAGUGAUCAUGUUGUUUUGACGCAGGAUAUGAUAUGUCACGUAAUUAUUCACAGUAUCUGACAGCAAUUUGUUAUAAUGAAUGCGGC